GUUAGGUGUGGUGCUGUGAGUGUACGCUGGUCGUUUGGCAUGUGGGUUGUGGUGCUGGUUGGAGGCUGGUUGUUGCUGAGUGCGGGCGGUGCGAAGAAAUCGAAUAAGCUUGUGAUUGAUGUUACUCACAAGCCAGAAGACUGUACUACAGUGACUGCAACGGGAGACACAGUAACCGUUCACUACACUGGCAAGCUCACGAAUGGACGUCAGUUUGACAGCUCUAGACAAGAAGGGCGAGAGCCGUUUACGUUUCAGCUUGGGUCGGGACAAGUAAUCAAGGGAUGGGAAGAAGGUCUCCUUGGUAUGUGUGUCGGAGAGCAAAGGAAGUUGACAAUACCUUCUAACUUAGCGUAUGGACCAGAAGGCAGAUCUCCCAUCAUCCCAAGUGACGCAACACUUGUGUUUGACACAGAACUGGUGGCAUUACAAAAGGCAAGCGUUGGCAGCGCAUUCUCACAACUGGACACAGGUACACUCACCAAGUGCUUUCUGGUCGGCAUGCUUAUCUACACAUUGUAUUCUACAUACAAAAAAUACGUUGCCGAAUCAUCGCAACCCAAACAAGCAAGCAAAACUGGCAGAAAGAAGAAAGCAAAAUGAACGCAAUUUUUUGGUGAAACAUUGAAGUAACAGAGUGGUCUCAGAAUGAGAUUUUUGACACGAAGGAUUAUGAGUUUUUGGUCAGUGAGGGUGUGAUUCAAUUAGCCUGCUAUAUGGCUGGAGAUCAUACCAAUGAACUGAGUGUGUUGUAGCUUUGUAGCUGAGGGGUUUCUUCUCGAAAUACCUCUCGACCCUUUGCACAAUGAAAUGCUCUUAUUAGUUAUGACACAUUCUUGCA